AACAUAUUCAGUAUAUAAUGGAUUAAGAUAUGACAUUUUAUAUUAAAAAAAAUAAUACAGUGAUUAAUUAAAUCAGCAUGUGUAAAUAAAUGAGUAUGUUUAUAUUAAUUGUAAGUGGCAUUUUCUCACUUCUAUAUUUUAAAAUAUGAUUUCAUUAUUCUUUAUUUUUUCCAAAAAAAAGAUAAAAAUGUAAUGUUCAUUCUUGAUCACAUCGAGCAGACCUUAAAAGUUACUUUACUGAGGGUGAAAACAGCUACUGUAUAAUUAUUUAGUUAUCAGACUGCUAAAGUAAGUAAAGUAACUCUAUUUUAUAUACAUCUUUUUUUACAGGAUCAGUGAUUUAAUAUGAUCUGGACAUUAAAUAAUGUUAAGGAGAAGGAAAAAAUGCUAAUUAAGAUGCUACUUGAAAGCUAAACGAAAAUGAUAAGAGAUUAUUAAUUAUUUGGUUUAUAUUUUUUUUAAUAUAUUUCACAAUUGUAUUUCUUAAAUUCAACAUAAAUAUACAGUAUCCUGAUAUAACUAGUAUUAAGAAAAUACUGAAAAUAUUGUUUAACAAGUCAACGCUACCGAUUUAAUUCGAAAAGUGUUGUCAUUUCUCGACUGGGAAACUUCAUUAAAUGUAUAAUGAAGUAUAAUUACUGAAGAGCAGUAUGACAUUGGGAAAUUGUUCUUUGUUCUUCUUUCCACGCUCUGCAUGAAAUGAAACGGAAUGUUUGCUUGUUUUAUGGGAGCAGGAAGUAGCAGUUAAAACGUUAUUGGCAGAAUUCGUUCCAACUGUCCUCCUAUACAUCAAACAUUAAUUCAGCUGCGUUGGCUGUAAUGGGGCAGUUACCUCUGUAAAUUUACAUCCCAUAAAACAGGAGACAUUUUGAGUUUAUUAAGCUUUUACUGCUCCAGCAGACGCUACUGAACAUACUCCUAACUUGAUUUUAUGUUUACUUCAGAUAUGAGAGCGACACAAUGAUUGAAGGUUCUGGGGCAGAAAAUCAUUUUGGGACAUGGAGCAAUGGAAUAUGAGUGAUGCUCCAGUCAAGUCAUUCUCACUAUUGUCUAACUGCACCAUGGACACCAGCUACCGCUUUACUUUCUACCAAGUGUCCUACAGUGUCAUCUUCGUGCUGGGGUUGGCCACCAACAGCCUGGCUCUGCGCAGACUGUGUCUAUCCCCCUUCACCGUCAACAGCACAGCCAUCUACAUGGUCAGCCUGUCAACUGCCGACUUGUUUUUUGUCUUCUCCCUUCCUCUGAGAAUCUACCACUAUUACCAAAAGGCUCAAGCCACGUCCUCCAUCACAAGAGAGCUGUCCAGCUGGACCCCCGGGGUAGCAUUCUGCCACCUUACUUUCACCCUCAAAUACAUCAGCCUGUAUGGGGGCAUCUUCUUCCUGGUGUGCAUUGCUGUGGACCGUUACUAUGCUGUGGUGCACCCUCUUGCAUCAACAGUCCGCAGGCUGCGUGUUGCACAGCUGGUAAGUGGGGGGAUCUGGUGCCUGGUGCUGGGGCUGAGUGUGAGUCUGUCUCUGCUGCGAUCUGCAGCUGCUCACCAACACCAGCCCUGUCUGUUGGACCCGACCUCUCAGCGCCACCGCACCAUCAUACUGGCGGCCCUCUGCACAGUGCUGGGCUUAUUUCUGUUUCCCACUAUGCUGCUUCUCUACAGUUACUGCAAAGUGCUGAGCGUGCUGAGCCGGUCAAGACACCGCUCUCGCAGUCAGCACCACAGCCGCAAGCACACUCUCACAAUCAUUUACUGGGUUCUGGCCAUCUUUCUGUUGUGCUUCCUCCCCUAUCACAUCAACCUGCUGGGAUACACGCUCACUCAUUUGGGGCUGCUGUCCCAUUGUGGCCUGGCCAAAGUGACCAAGGCUGUGCACCCCGUGAUGCUGUCACUAGCCAGCUCCAACUGCUGCCUCAACCCACUCAUCUACUAUUUCUCCAGCAGCCUGGUGCACAGGGAGGCGCCUGGUAGUGGAGGCAGUGGCAGUCGGUGACACAGAUCGUUUCAUAUAAGCACUGAAAAUGACACAAUCGUAAAAAAGCACUAGGGCUGUUUUAUUGAAAUUAAUUAUACAAGUUACCAGUACUUAGUCUAUUCACAUAAAGUAUUCAUUUCCCCAUACUGUGUGCAAUACUUUGUAGUAGAUCACUACAUAAAAUAGGUAAUCAGCAUUUAGCAUGAAUUGCAAUAGAUUUAACAAGUUUUGUGUGUUUUCACUUUGGUUCACUGCAGAGUGUUGUGUCUCUGGAGCAGGUUCCAGAGGGUCGGGUUCAGUGCCCUACUAAAAAGUAUUGUUAGCUGUGGUUAGCUGAGUCAUUUUGCUCUGUAUAUUUUGUUAGUGCAACUUUAAUGUGUUUGUGAGAAAGUGAUAUGCAAUGAGACUUUUCAUGAGAAAUGUGUAAUCUGCCUCAAUCGGUGUUGGUCCAACAUUAUGGAUAUGGUUUAUAUGUUAUAUGUUUUUUCAUGGGCCAAUAAAUGCCAUAUAAAGUAUGUGUAUCUGUAUGUUGUGUUGUAAGGAAAUCUUACCAAUAUAAGUAUGUAUGAAUGUGUAAUGAAGUGAUGAAACUGACCGUCCUCCAUGCGAUCCUCUCCAUGAUGAGGUUCUCGCAAGUCUCCAGAUGUUUGACAAUAUCUUUGCUCAGUGUGGGGUAGGCCUUGAUGAAACUCUCGAUGACUUUGUAGAAGUCAAAGGCGGCGAGGUUGAACACGUCCAGUAUCCAGGGGAAACAAACGUCUGUCGCAGCUGAGUCACCACCGCCAUGGUUGUAUCCUCCAGCCUUAAAACAGCUCUCUGAGCAUGAGGAGCAAACGACAUAAAAACGACUCGUCACAAAUCUACAAGACAUUUAAACAUUGAUGUGAUUGUUCAUAAAUGUAAGACACAACACAAGGAAAUAGUUUGCAAUGCUGUCUCCUAUUUAUUUGGAAGCAAAUGACGUGACCCACCUCCAUAUGCUGCCAUGACCACCUCCAGAGCA